AUGCUUCAGAUAUCAGAAGAUGAUCAGCUAAAGGACAUGUGUCCCAUUUGCAAAACUGACAAAUACUUGUCUCCCAAUAUGAAAUUCCUUAUUAACCCAGAAUGUUACCACAAAAUAUGUGAAUCAUGCGUUGAUAGAAUAUUCUCAUUAGGUCCUGCUCCAUGUCCGUACCCUAAAUGUGGUAAAAUUCUUCGAAAGAAUAAAUUUAAACAACAAAUAUUUGAAAAUUUAGUUAUUGAAAAGGAGAUUGAUAUCAGACGUAAAGUAGGUGCAAUAUACAACAAAACUGAAGAAGAUUUCCCUGAUUUAAAGGAAUACAAUCAGUAUUUGGAAAACAUUGAAGAAAUAGUUUUCAAGUUAAGUAAUGGCAUUGAUGUUGAGCAAACUGAGGCAGAGUUAGCUCAAUAUGAACAAGAUCAUCGAAUAGAAAUUAUUGAAAAAAACAUGAGAGAAUCUCAAAAGAGUGCAGAUUUAAUAAAGUAUCAAGAUGCAAUGGAGCGAUUAAAACAAGAAAAACUCAAAAUUCAAAAACGUAUGGAAUUGGAAGAUUUGGAAUUUACUAAAUUGCAACAACAGGAUCUCCUAGAUCGAAUGGCAAAUAGUUCAAUGACAAGCGAAGAAUUGAUUAAACAACAGCAGUCGCAAUUGACUAAACGUAAUUCACAACGGAAACGACAAUUGCAACAGAUUAAUAGUCAAUUGGAACAACAAUUUAACCAAACUAAUCCAUUAGCAAAAAGUAACACAAAAGAGGAUGAUUCGACUACGAUUCCCUUUACUCCAUUUCAAGGUGAUCGUGAAAUACAUAAGAAAUACCAAUUGUUGCAUAUUCCACAAACAAUUGAUGAAAUUAUGGAUAUUGAAAACGCUUCAAAAGGAAGUUAUCAUGAUCCAUAUGUAUUUGGAUUAGCUAAAAACAAAGAAUACCUUGGUGCUGGAUGGAGGAUUACUAAUGUGUUUGAACGAGCUUUGGAUGAAGCAUUUAUGGGAUUGGGAUGUAAUAUAGAGACGGAGAAAUCGGUACUGGUGUAG